CGAAGAGCGAGGCGGUUCCCAGCAGCCUUCGCGGCAAUCUGCUAACUGCGAAUCCCAAAGUUCCGUGUUGUGGAUCCCCAGUUUAAGGAAGCAGCAACUGCUGCUUGUAAGGCGCAGCGGGGAAUACGAGGCUCCUCUCUCCCUCCUAGCCCCACGUCUGGGGUGAGGCAGCAGUGCGCAGCACCAUGAACCUAGAGCGGGUUUCCAACGAGGAGAAGCUCAGCCUCUGUAGAAAAUACUACUUGGGUGGCUUUGCUCUGCUGCCUUUCCUGUGGCUGGUGAACGUCUUCUGGUUUUUCCGAGAGGCCUUUCUGGUGCCGACGUACACUGAGCAGUUACAGAUCAAGCGCUAUGUCCAGCGUUCAGCCGUGGGUCUUCUUUUCUGGGUAAUCGUGCUCACCACGUGGAUCAGCAUCUUCCAGGCACGCCGGGCAGAGUGGGGCGAGCUUGGCGACUACCUCUCCUUCACCAUCCCCCUGGGCACCCCAUGACAAAUCUCUUCUCCCUUUGAUGGCAUCAGCGUGGAGCUUUUAGGGUGACUGAUGGGGUGUGGACUCCCCGAGUGGCAUGCUGGCUGAUUUUUGUGAUCUCCCCUUUUACAGAACCAGAGUGGGAUUAUGCCAUGGCGAACUGUGGCAGGGCUGCCUCUCCAUGCAGAAUCCUCUUCCACUCAAUGUGCCCUGACCACACCCUGUGCCAGAGGUGAUCAAUAAACCUGGGAUUAUCUA